AUUUGGGUCCCAGUUCUCGUUCAGCUCCACUCCACAUUGGUUGUUCCCGUCGCAAUGACAAUCUGGUGGCUGACCUUGCUUGGCCUUUGUCUCAAUCUGAAUCUCGGAUUGGCAUUGCAAGUUCCGCAACACAACUGCGAAAGGUACUUCUCCUACUACAAGGAAAGCGAUGGAGCCUAUAUUGGCGUCUUCACUGCCCCCCGCGCUGGAGUCAAUAGUUUGGAAUGGGAGGUGGUCUUCAAUGCCCACGGAACAGGACAGGCAGCAACUGUCGGAUCUCUCCAGCCAUAUCCGUCUAAGGACAGCGCCUUCGAAAAGAUACGCAAUGGAGAACGUGGCCAGGUAUUUGUGCGCUUCCAAAACUUCGGGGACGAGCUGCCCAAACUUAUCCGGGCGGAAUUCAAUGAUGAGCUUUUGUGCCGAAACGAUGAAUACGAUGCCCCUUCGAGCACAAUGACCCGGCGGCAGUCUAUGUCCACCUCAACGCCCAUUACUCAAAUAUCAGCGCCGAGGGAAACGGCAGUGCCCAGAUUUGUCCAGAAUACUCCAAAAGCAGCGCCGAGGGAUAGGGUAGUGUUCCAGUCGGGAUUUCUCGAUUUGUCGCCCCCUAGCCAACAUAGCUCUAAUCCAUUCCUUAAUCGAAAUAUACCGAGGAUUGAGUCCGACUUCGAGGAGUGCGGCGUGGAAGGUUUUGCACCCCUGCAAAUCGGAGGCGAUCUGGUGACCCGGGGUCAGUAUCCCUGGCUGGCGGCCCUCUACGAAGGUAGUUCCACGGCUACGUACAAAUGCGUGGUCUCGGUGAUCUCCAAAAGGACUGUAAUCACGGCUGCCCACUGUAUUUAUGGCAAGGAAGCCAAUCAACUUUGGGUCUAUCUGGGCAGGCAUGAUCGCAACGAGAAUCCGGAGAACGGUGCUUCGUUGGUCAGUGUGUCCAGGGUGAUAACUCCUUCCGCCUACGAAGGCAGUCCCGUUCCGGAUGCGGAUGUGGGCCUUCUGGUGCUGAACGCGGCGAUGGAGUACACCAAGUACAUCCAGCCACUCUGCCUGUGGAGCUCCAAUAUGGGCUUACCACCGAAUGAGGGAGAUUCUGGAGCGGUGGCUGGAUGGGGCUACGAUCGAAGUGCCCAAAAGACGAGAUUUCCGAAGACUGUGAGUGUACGACUGGUGCCGAGGGAUCAGUGCCUCAAGGAGAUGAAACGGGCGGAGGACUUCAUCACACGACGAACCGUUUGUGCUGGGAAUUCGGAAUCUCACGGCCCCUGCUUCGGAGACUCGGGAUCUGCACUGAUGGUCCUGCGAAAUAACCGAUGGUACAUUAGGGGCGUCGUCUCUUUAUCGCCUCGCCAGGGAGAUAUAUGCGACCUUAGCAAGUACGUGAUUUAUUGCGAUGUUGCCAAGCACAUCGACUGGGUUCGUCAAAAUAUGGUGAUAUGAUGUGACAAGAUCAAUUCGGUGUUCAAAUCUUAAGAAACUAACUAAGUUAAAAGUGAAAAGUGUGUGUGUGAAGAUAGACAAAUUAAAACAUCUCUGUACAAAAUCUAAUAAAAGUCUUACUGUCUAUUAAUUACCAU